AUGGGGACGCCCUGGGGAAGCGGUGAUGGCGACGGCGGGAACUUGAUCUGGUGGAUCGGGACUCCCGCCGGCGCGGUCGAUGUGGGGCUGGAGCUGAUCGGCGGUGGCUGCUGCAGCUGCAGCGGCUGCUGCGGUGCCGCGCCGGGCAGCGGCAGCAGCUGCGGCGGCGGCCACUGCAGCCAGGGUGGGGCGUUGGUGGCGGUGGAUGGCAGCUGCAGCGGCCCGGCGAGCGCGGCGGAGGCCGCGUGCUACGGCGGCUGCCACGGCAGCCAUGGUGGCGCGGUGGCGGUGAUGGGCGGUGCAGCCGAGUGCGGCCCGUAG